AUCUCACGUGAAUAUUGUGAGGAUGCAAAACUACUUUAAUGUUGUAUACUUGCUUAUAUAUAUAUAGCACUUAGGUGGUUUCAAAGAAGCAGAUGAAUCAAAAUGCUUUCCCAAUUAGUAAAAGAACAUCCUUACUUUGUUGGUUUCUUAUUGGUGUUUUUAUCAUCUUUAAAAGUGUGUGCACUUUGGUGCAAAAACAACAAGUGCAGUCGUAGUGUUGGCAUUCCUCCGGGAAAUCGAGGAUUACCCUUCAUAGGAGAGACACUGCACUUCAUGGCUGCCAUCAACAGUACCAAAGGUGUCUAUGAAUUUGUCCGACUUCGCCGCCUCCGAUAUGGAAAUUGCUUCAAGACCAAGUUGUUUGGGGAAACCCAUGUUUUCAUUUCGAGCAAGGAGUCAGCAAAGGUGAUUCUAAGAAACGAGGGAGGGAAAUUCUCAAAGAAGUACAUAAAGUCAAUCUCCAAGCUCUUGGGUCCCGAUAGCUUGCUAUGUGCAGCUGAGCAUCAUCACAAACUCAUUCGUAGCCGUCUCUUGAGUUUGUUCUCGCCUCAUUCUUUGCCUUCCUUUGUUCAACUGUUUGAUGAACUUGUAACUGAAGCUACAGGUACCUGGACAUGUGGAUCCCUUGUCAUCAUACAAGAUGAAGCACUCAAGCUAGCUUGUAAAGCGAUGUGCAAGAUGCUAAUAAGCAUUGAGAGUAGCCAUGAACUAGCAAUGAUGCACAAGGAUGUUGCUCGUGUGUCUGAAGCAAUGCUUGCGUUCCCUUUGAGGUUACCAUGGACCAGAUUCUACAAGGGCCUACAGGCUAGAAAAAGAGUUAUGGACAUAUUGGAGAAUGUUAUCAGCAAAAGAAGACACGAAAUUGCAGACAGGCGUGUAGAUUUUCUUCAGCAACUUUUAGCAGAUGAUGAAAAUAAUUCAGAAAAGGAUGAAGUAACAACGCUAACAGAUAAAGAGAUCAAAGAUAAUAUCUUAACGAUGAUUAUUGCUGGACAGGACACUAUAGCAAUUGCAAUGACAUGGAUGAUCAAAUUUGUGGAUGAGAAUCAGGAGGUUCUUAAUGAGCUCAAGAAGGAGCAACUUCAGAUUGAGAAAAAAGGCCGUGGAGGUGUGUAUCUUACAUUAAAGGAUCUUUCUGAGAUGCAAUAUGCUUCCAAGGUUGUAAAAGAGGCGUUAAGGAUGGCAUCUGUAGUGCAAUGGUUUCCCAGAGUAGCACUUCAAGACUGUGAAAUUGAAGGAUUUAAUAUCAAGAAAGGUUGGAACAUCAAUAUUGAUGCUAGAUCUAUACAUCAUGAUCCAACUAUUCACAAUGACCCGGAGAUCUUCAAUCCUUCAAGAUUUCCUAGUGAAUCAAAACCAAACAGCUUCUUAGCUUUUGGGAUUGGAGGAAGAAUGUGCCUUGGGAAGAACAUGGCUGAAGCAAUGAUGUUGGUGUUUCUCAAUCGUCUCGUCACUAAUUUCAAGUGGAAGGUAAUUGAUUCUGACUCAAGUAUUCAGAAAUCAGCACUUUUUACAAAACUUAAGAGUGGCUAUCCGGUACGCUUGAUAUAUGUGAAGGAGGAGGAUUUAAACAAAAAUAAAUAAAUAAAUAAAAUGUGAGGAUUUGUAAGACUUUACUUCAAGAUUCAGGGUUUGGCUAUUUUAAUUUAGAGUAACAAGUGUUUGGCUAAUUCACAGUCCUAAUAUUGUAAUUACCACCAGUAGUAGUAGUAAUCUAUUCAGCCGCAGAAGGUCCAUUUUCAUGAGCAUCUUCCGGCCCUUAUUUUCGCCUCUUUCUCUUGUAUUUUCUAAACUAAGGAUUAAUUAAACAUUUUCAAAUAUAAUUUAGGGAAAUGUUAACCGGUGUCUCUGGGGCACUGGUUAAGGAAACAAAUA